UGGCCAGCUGACUUGUCCGUGACUGAAAGAUUGUUUUGGUCGACCACUGGACAACAUGUUCUCAUUGGUGUACCUGGCAUGUUCGCUGGCCGCUGUGGUAGCCUUCCAGGCAUAUCAGGCCUACAUCCCCAACGGUGACCAGGUGCCGAAUGUCUGUGCUAUUGGCACCUGGCCAGGUGUUGGUCAUAAGGCACCUCUAGGUGCUGGGACCUUGAACGCAUUUGGAAGGGACUUCGCGGACGCUGGUCACGUCUGGACUGAUGCGCUGUGUCGCAGAGAUUCUGACCUAGACGGGGUCAGCAACGGCGAGGAACUAGGUGACCCCCACUGCCACUUCACGCCAACUAAACCAGGUCACCUUCUGGAGGCCACAGGUCACCCAGGUAUUUGCGAGCCAAUAGGAAGCCUAGCAUGUGCUUGGCAAAACUUCACCUGUUUCUAAACGAACGAUGCCAUUAACCGUUCCAACCAAGCCAGCUCUCGUCACCAGUUGAACAUAACUCUCUGAUUUGUAUUAAA